AUGGCCUUCGUUUUGUCGGAGCAGACCAGGUCUUGGGCCGCGCAGAACCCCGUGCCAAUUCCUGCUCCUUUGAGUCACACAAGCGGAUUGUCCGAACUUCUGCAGAACUUCUUGGGCAACCCUGCAUUGUGGGGCCCCUUGCUUUUUUUGGUGGUCUACAGUGCAGGACCGGGCUAUGAUGAUAGCCUAUAUUUUUUCUAUAUCAAUCGGUUGAGAUUUCGUCCCACAGCUGUGGGACGGCUUAAAAUGGCACAGGAGCUCGCAAAGCUCCUUGGGAUCUUGAUGUACCGCUACGGCUUGCGGCGCAUCCCAGAUAGGCAGUUGGUGGUUGGGCUUACAGCAGUGUCCUUGCCCUUGUAUUUGACACCAUUGCUGCUCACCACUGGUGCUUAUCAUAGCUUUCCUGUCAGCCCGCAGACCCUCGCUGUGUCUGGCGAGUUAGUUCGAGAGGUGGUUCUGCACAUGCAGGUCCUUCCAGUGUUUUCGCGCUUUGCUGACCUGGGGCCUUUGGGGCUAGAGAGCACCAGUGUCUCCUUGUUGUAUUCGCUGUUGCAAACCUCGCGGGCGAUCAACAAGGUGACUUCUGCUGGCAUGUCCCACCUGCUCGGGGUUACUGCGCACAACUUUAAUCACCUCUCCUUGCUCAUAGUCGUAUGUGGUGCUUGUGCCACGGUGCCGCUGCCUUUGGCAAAGUAUAUCCCAGAGGACGCAUCGGCAUGUCCACUGUUUGCCGAUGAGAACGAAAGCACGACUCCAGCGACAGAGCAGCUUUGUUUGCCGAGGGGUGCACUGACUGGUUUGGAACGGGAAGACGAGGACCACUUUGACCUUCGUCUACCCGAAGCAGUUCGUCUUCGUGAGGAGAACUGCCAAGGCGACAAUGCAGGUUGCCAAAGAUGCACCUUCUCGCGGUCAAGUCCAAGGCGGUCAUCCAGUGAUGCCAUGCCUGCGGGCUGA